UUAAGUUUUAGUUGAAAUUAACAUGCGUCAGGCGUUGUAUUUUAUAAAUACAUAUCUACGCAUUGCGUGCCUUCGUGUCUGUUUAUUGUCUUGUUAAAAUCUACUUCAUUUGUUAAAUUUAUAUAAACCAUUAAGUUAUUACUGAUUCGUAAAGAAAAAUAAACAGUUUAUAGUUUUAAAGUGUUGAUACACGCAAAAUUGACUAUGGCUGAAGAAAACAAGGUUAUGUUCCAUGAAAUGGAGUUAGACGAUCGUAUAUUAAAGGCAAUCUCACAGCUUGGCUGGUCCGACCCAACUCUAAUCCAAGAGACAGCAAUACCACUUCUUUUGGAAGGCAAAGAUGUGCUCAUGAGGGCUAGGACUGGAUCUGGCAAGACCGCAGCAUUUACUAUACCUGUUAUACAAAAGAUUUUAAAUUUAAAAAACACAAGCACACACCAGUGUAUUAGAGCCCUCGUUUUAUCACCAAGCAAGGAAUUAUGUGGUCAGAUCACAUCAGUAGUUUCAGACCUCACACUAAAAUGUUCAAGAGAAGUGCGGUGUAUAGACAUUUCAUCAAAUGCUAACACCCAGGUCCAGAAGUCACUUUUAGCAGAUAAACCAGACAUAGUUGUGGCAACGCCGGCAAGAGCACUAGCACAUUUAAAAGCAAAUAAUAUGAAGUUAAAGGAUGACCUGGCUAUGCUAGUGGUGGAUGAAGCAGACCUGGUGUUCUCUUUCGGCUAUGAAGAUGAGGUGAAAGAGCUUUUGGGACAUUUACCUAAAAUCUAUCAAGCAGUCUUAGCCUCCGCCACUUUAUCAGAGGAUGUGUUAAAUCUAAAAAAGAUAGUUCUCCGAAACCCUGUCACUCUCAAGCUAGAAGAGCCAGACCUGGCUCCAUCCACACAACUACAGCAUUACCACUUGUUUGCUGAGGAAGAUGACAAAGCAGCAAUACUCUAUGCAUUGCUUAAACUUAACUUGAUCAGGGGCAAGAGUAUCAUUUUUGUGAGGACUGUGGACAGAUGCUAUAAGUUGAAAUUAUAUUUAGAACAGUUUAAAAUAGGAUCAUGUGUGUUAAAUUCUGAGCUCCCUGCGGCAAUCCGUUGUCUAUCUGUAGACCAGUUCAACCGGGGUCGCUAUCAGAUUAUAGUGGCAUCAGAUGAGAAGGCGCUGGAGCAGCCCGAUGGAGGACUACUUGCUGGAGAGGAGAUUGGCAAGAAGAAAAGACAAAAAUCGAAACGCAAGAAAGACAAGGAGUCGGGCGUGUCGCGCGGUAUCGACUUCCAGCACGUGUCCAAUGUCAUCAACUUUGACUUCCCGCUCGACGUCAACUCGUAUGUCCACAGAGCGGGGAGAACGGCGAGGGGGAACAACCAGGGAUCUGUAUUGUCAUUUGUAUCAAUCAGAGAGAAGCCAUUGUUAGAAGAGGUUGAAGCACAUUUAUCAAAAGGUUUCAAUGGACAGAAAGUAUUACAGAAGUACUCGUUCCGGCUGGAGGAGGUGGAGGGGUUCCGCUACCGGUCGCGCGACGCGUGGCGCGCCGUCACGCGCAUCGCCGUGCGCGAGGCGCGCCUGCACGAGAUCAAGCGCGAGCUGCUCAACUGCUCCAAGCUGCAGGGCUUCUUCGAGGACAACCCGCAGGAGCUGGCCGCGAUAAAGCGCGACAAGGCGCUGCACACGGUGCGCGUGCAGGAGCAGCUGGCGCACGUGCCCGAGUACCUGCUGCCGGCCGCGCUGCGCGAGACCGAGCUCGAGCCGAGCGCCGAUGCGCCCGCGCAGCCCGCGCAGCCCGCCCCGCGCGCGCAGCCCGCGCAGCCCGCGCGCGCCGGCAGGAAGAGGAAGCAGGCCAGCUUUGGUAGCGCCAAGCGGCACAAGUAUCAGGCGCGGCAGAGCAACCCGCUGCAGAGCUUCGAGCUGAAGAGCCUGAAGCCGGCGGCCGGCCCCUAGCGAUAGGGACAUGUAAAAGCUGCUCAAAGGUGGGUGGGAUCGUGGUUAUCUGCGCUGGCGUCGGCGCGUGCGAGCCCCUCCUGCGCGCUGUUGGUGCACGGACAACGAGUUUUCUGUAAUAUAUUGUAUAGCUA